AUCAUAAAAAUUCCUUUUAAAAUUCUAACAUUCCAACGAUCCCAACCUCUAACAGCUAUUUAAAAGUGUUUGGGAUCGAUCGAAAUGACGUGUAAAAUGAGAAAUUUAAGUGUAAACAGAUCUUUUUGUGGUUAUUGAUAUUUUUAUCCGUUUAACGGAAAUUGUGUUUUGUUCGUGACAACCCUGAUUGCAUUGUUUAUUCCGCGAUUUUAACCUAGAUCUUAAUAAAAUGCACCCGAGUAGGCGGAGAAAGAAGCGUACCAGCUAUGGAAUAAGGACAGUGGAAGUGAUGAGGGGGCCUAAUGGAUUUGGAUUCACGAUAUCCGGACAGCACCCAUGCAUUAUAAAAUGUAUUGUCAGUAAUUCCCCAGCAGACCAGUCUGGUAUACGCGCUGGAGACUUCCUUAUUUCAGUGAAUGGAUUGUCUGUUUCGAAGAUGGCACACGACGCGGUCGUUAGCCUUAUUGGGAACUGUAUCGGGCCUAUAAAAAUGACCAUAGCUGAGAAUUACUACUCAGAUAGUAGUGACGAAGAGUGUGGUCGAAUGGCUAAUGUUCGAAAACCCAAACAUACUCACAAACCUAGACCAAGACUUCACAAACAGGACCAUGGCAGAGCUGAAAUGGACGUGAAUGACAACAGUUUGGUAAACAUGCAAGAAUCCAUCCUGAAACAAGUCACCAAAGACUCACGACUCAACGGGAGCCAUUGUGUUUAUUUGAAUAACUCUUCCACGAACCCUGUUGAGGAAGAGGCUGGGCCGGUAGAAUACAAAGCUUUGGUUGGAUACUUAGGAACAAUCGAAAUGCCCAAACAGCUGUUGCCCAAUUCCAGGCUACAGACGGUUUGCAGCUGCAUAAAGAAGUUACGGCAAGAAAAAAGAACUCCCACCGCAGUUUUAAUGACUAUAUUGCCAACUUGCCUUACAUUGAAAAAUGCUGCUAAUCACAUUCUUGCAUUAUACCCUACUAACCGUGUUGUUUACGUUGGCUCAACUGCAGACCGUGAAUCUAGAUAUUUCGGGUUGGUAACCAGCGCUGUUUGUGACAUGAGGAGUACUGAGGCUUUAGGUAAACAGUGCAGUAAUAGUUCAUGGCACACAAAACCAAACAAUCUUGAUAAUUCGAUUGCUAUUUCAAAUAGCUGCCAUGUUUUCGUGACGGAUCCGAAGAUCGUUGAUCAUAAUCUACACCAGAAGAAGGCUGAGACUUUCAGAAUCAACUGUACGCCUAAUGAUGUUACGGGAUACUGCCUGGAGUUUCCUUGCAGCUCUCUCUACAUUGUCAGCCUUAUACAAAACAUGUACCAACUACAAAAUAAUGACAAGGUUAUUGAAAACCACGGUCCUGUUAUGGCAAAUUCCCCUCAGCCAAGCGCCUCAAGUAACUCUGAUUCUGGCAUUGGCUUCAGAGAUGAUUGCGGAAAUAUCAGCGAUCGAAUAUUAGUAGUAGAGUUUCCAACUCAGCGACCUUUACCUUUUUCAGGCGUAAAUAACAGACCGACUGGGAUAGAUGCUUCUAGUGUGCCUCUCAAUAGUUUAGAUCGACCUUCAAGUAACGACCAACUGUUUUCCAUUCGUCAGAACAGUCUUGCUUUAAAUAAAAUGGCUACCACUGAUAAGAGUGUAGAUAAGUAUUCUAACAACCUCAGCAAUAUAAGAGCUUGUGAAAGUGUUGAAAAUUCUACAGGGAUAGUCGAUUCAAAAAGUGAUAGGUUGCUGAGCCGAAAUGAUAAUUCAAAGAGGCUGACAUGUCGGGUGAUGCCUGCUUUAAAUGUACUGCCAAACCAGACUUUCAACAUUGAGAAGCAAGGUGAUGGUGAAAUAAAUGGGCAUGGGUACACAGAACGACCUGUUGAUGUUCCAGACUCAAGCCCUAGUAAAAAAUCCUAUGAGUGCAUAUCUUUACAUUCUUUACAGAAUGAUAUUGACUUAAAAAGUGGUUCUAUAGACAACAUUUCCUCUCAAAGUUCCAAAAGUAGCGAGUUUUUCAACUUGCUCAACAUAUUCAAAGUGCCCUUUGAAAGUAGGAAAUCCAAAAAACAAUUGAAAAUGAGUAGUAUGGACAAUUUGGACAAAUACAGUGAGAACAUUAUGAACUAUAAGUUGAGCCCAAAAGUAUUUGGGCUGUCGAAACCAACAUACAGUUGUGAAGACUUGAAAAAUUAUGAAAUUGUUGAUAAGAGUGCUUAUGGCAGUUUAAAAGAUUUGUGGAGCCCAUGCGAUCAACAAAUUGACCGAAAUCUGGCUCAGAGUGAACCUGAUGUUAGGGUUUUUAAUAAUUUGUUCGAUCAGAAUGUGUUCGCCAAAUGCACCAACCCGGAGGGACCUGUCGCUUGGGCUCAAUCGUUCGAGAAACUUCUAGAGGAUUCGCUCGGACUUCAUAUGUUUGCGGAGUUUCUCAAAAAAGAAUUCAGCGCGGAAAACAUCUACUUCUGGACGGCAUGCGAAAGGUUCAAGAAAUUACCACCUGGGAUCGAAAAACAAGCUGAAGCACGCAGGAUUUACGAGCAACACCUCAGCGUCGGAUCUCUCGAAGCCGUUAACGUAGACUCACAAGGAAGGCAGUUCACCGAACAAGUCCUCCAAGAAAUGAAUAACAAUAUGUUCGAUCAAGCCCAGAAACAAAUCUUCAAUCUAAUGAAAUUCGAUAGCUAUCCGAGGUUCUUGAAAUCUGAUAUUUACAAGCAGUGCUUGUUGGGAGAGGUGGAUAAGGCAACGAUUGAUACUAGGUUACUUUUGGAACAGCAGCAAAAGAAAUCGCCGUCGAAACUGAUGAAAUCUGUUAGCAACGCCGAAGAUAGAAGGAGAAAAUCCCUUUUACCUUGGCAUAGGAAAAACAGGUCGAAAUCGAGAGAUAGAGGUGAAUCAGAGUACGCCCAAAGAGAAAAUGAUGAAACUGUCAAUGAUCGAUCGGAAAAUUAUAUUGUUAGCAGUGGUCAAAAUGACGUCCAUUCGAGUGGGUCAUCUUCAACCUCUCUGGAAUUCGUUAUUAUAAAUCAGGAUUCUGACAAUCAAGCGCAGGCGACUCUAGAAAAAUUAUCUUCGAACGGGGCGAAAACUGCCUUAUGUAGAGUAAUUUUGAACAACGGUACUACAACCGUUGUCAAAAUAAAGGAAUCUGAAACUAUCCAAGAGCUGGUGACCAGAGUGUUGGAGAGAAAAGGGCUGAGCUAUUCAUCUUUUGAGGUACUCACUGACAAGCAUGAAAAGUGCUUGGACGUGAACGAACCCUCUUCAAAACUGACAGACUGCGAAGUGACUGUCGAACAACGAGUCGUAUUCAAACUGGACCUGCCCAACAGGAAAACGAUCAACAUCAGGUCGAAAUACACAAAAAUCAUCAUCGAGGUAUUGAGACCGAGUCUGCACAAGUACCAAUACAAUUUAGACCAAGUCAUCGUGAUGAACGGAAAAUCCCCCAUAGAUCUACAUUUACCUGUGACUUCCAUAGAUGGCAUGAGGUUGAAGGUACUGCUUUGCGAGGGUUCCAGAUUGGACAUAAAUUCAUCAUUAAGAUUGAACAGCAACAAAGUUACCAAACUAGAAGAGAUAACCAACCGAGUGUUUGAGAGCAUACUUCAAGAAAAAUCAGACUCGUCCGUUUUUAAACAGAACAAAUCUGAAAAAGGAUCUGUCAAGAGUGAAGAUUGGGGAUCCGAACACUCUUCAACGUUCAUCGGGAAGUUUCUGAGGCGGGACUCAGGCUUGCACGAUCGAAAAAAGAAAAUGAUUGCAAAGAAAUUAAAUUCUAAUGAGGAUACAGUCAUCGUUGCUGGCAGCGAUCAGUGUCCGAACAAAAAGCCUUUGGUCGCUAAGUUGAGGGCAGGUGCUAGCAAGUUGCAUGUCACACGCAGCGAAAGUGAUGAACUAGUGGAAGGUCUUUCUCGUGCUCAACGAAGAUUGGAGGACCAGCGAGGCACGGAAAUCAAUUUCGAGCUCCCGGACUUCCUGAAAAACAAGGAAGGUGAUUGCCAGACCAAACCGCAAGUUCAAACCGAACCUGACAGAAAUUCUCUGUUCUACUUGGCAGAGUCCACGUCGAACUCACAACCAGAGAGAGCUGCUCUUUUGGCUUCAGCGAAGAAUUUGAAGCAGGAACGUCAGUCCAACUACGAAAAUAGAUACGUGCUGAUCAGAGACAAAAUAGUUGACGAUAGCCUCAAAUCACCACCCUUCAUUUCGAGCUCAGAGGAAACUAGUUCAUCCAAUCAGUCGACUCCCGCAAAAUCAUCAUUGAACAACACAGUUAUUGAGAACAACAGGCACGGAGACCCACCACCGCUGCCACCCAAGCCGAAAAUCGUACCAAUUAAGCCCAAAAAUUGGGGUCAAGCCAUGUUCUUGGAACAGACAUCCAGCAGCUUUGUAUAGAGUUCGGCGAAGUGGUUCAAUAUUCUUUAGAAAUGUUCUAGCUUUAAAUGGUAUUAUUUAUUAUGAGUAUAUUAUUGGUACGUUUUGUAUUGAAGAAGUAUUAUAUUUAAUAUUUAAA